AUGAGCCGCCAACGCCCUCGGCUGAGGAACGGCGUCGACCUGCAGCUCCAGUCGGCCUUCCAAGAGGGCAACUGGCCCGUGGCCAUACGCCUGGCCGAGAAGCGGUGGCGCACCUUCAACGACCAGUACUUUGAGAUUGUCAAGAUUUGCAGCGAGACUCAGCUCGAUGACCCUGCCGCCAAGUUUGCGGCCGUGGCGGCCGUGAGGAAGUACGUCGAGGACGGGACGGUCGUCAAGGACGUUGACGGCAUUGACCUGCUCGAGUGGGCCACCCUCACGCUGCUCGACGACGACGACUUCCCCGAGACACUAGGUCCCCUGCGAGUGCGUUGCGUAAAGGCCUCGCCCAAGGACAAGUCGGCCGCCACGCGCUGCCUCGAGUCGUGUCUGCUGCACUGGGACCUUGUGAGCGCGCAGCAGAUUGCUGCCAUCAUCGACAGGUCCUUUCCCGCCGAGAGAUCCUUUUUGUUUUGGAACAUUGUCAUCACGCACCUGCUGGCGAAAAGCCCCCAGUCGCCGCCGGAGAAGAAGAAGCUGUAUGGCAUGCUCGCGCAGAAGCAAAUUGAGCGUGCUGCACAGCUCACCGAGCAGGCGAGAAACACCAACGCAGAAGACGCGCCGCCGACGCCACCUGCGCGCAGUGUGAGGACGGAAGAAGAGAUCCUUCUGCUCUAUGACGUGGUGGAGACGCACGGCAGUGCCGACGACUUUACCAAGUUGCUUGCCAGCCCCGUCUUCAGUCCCGUGUCCCAGUUCCGCCUCGGUCGCAAGGAGCUGUUCCUCCGGGUGGUGGCCAAGCUGCGACGAGAGGGCGAUUGGCAAGGCGUCUUUGACUUUUGCCACGAGUGCCUGUCUGAUGCGGACGAAAACGACGAACCGACGCUGCUGGCUUCCGACUGGAGUGUGUGGAAGCAUUUCAUCGAUGCGGCAGCACAGCUCAAGAGCGUCAACCCGGACACGUCAGAAACAGCGCGGGAACUGCUUCUCUUGCUCGUCAAGUCAAAGAACCUGCGACCUAUGUACAAGCGCAACCUGCUCCUUGCGCGAGUCUCGGCCGCCUUUAGCCUCGGUCCCAAUGAUGAGGACGACCUGACGACCGGCCAGCCGUCAUCAUUGCGGCUACGUGAGCUGAUCAAUUACAUUGCGCACCAAAAAGGCAGUUUAGCUUGCUUUGACGACGUCAGAGGCUUUGUUGAGAGACUCGACCCGUCCGCAGUCAAGCAUCUUGCCUACGACCAUGUUCCUCAACUAGUUUCAGGCACUACGGACGCUCUGGAGACCGCGAGGAUACAGGUUCUCUCGCUGAAGCUACAGUAUUUUGCAUUGACAUGCCUUGCCAGUGUCUCGCAAGUGCCCGGAGAAAAGCCUAGCUCGAAAUGCAUGGUUUGCGACGCCGAGUUCGGCUCGGCACUAUGUGCCUCCUGCUUGUCACACAUCGCUCAGCGCGCUGUCCAGCAAUAUCAGUCAUGUACCAAGGAGCUGGCUGGUAACGCGUCUGCCGAGAAUGAGGUUAUCCCAGAGCUUGCCAUGGCCGUCGCGUUGUCCAACAUCAGGCUGGCCUUCAAUUCUCAGCUUCCUGGCUACAAGCCGUCAACCUUGCCUUCCACGCAACAUCUGUUGCGAGCGCUGUUUAUGCUGGAGCACCAGUUCCAUCUCACACCAAAGCACAGCCAGACGGCCCUGCUUCUGGUCCAGCUGCACCUGCGCCUCGGAUCUGCCCACAGGGCCAGGGAAAUUUGGGACGAGCUUGCUGUCAAGCGCACAAUCUCUGACGCCCUCGCGCCCAUCUUCUACGAUCGCCUGUCGACAGUGUCGCCGCUUGUCAUCUCGCCGUCAGACAACUGGGGCUGGCAGCUGAUAGAGACGCUGAAGCAGCACUACACAGUUUCGCUGAAGCUUAGAAUGCCCAGGCGUCUCAUUGAUGCGUUUGAGGCUGGCAGUUAUGGAAGCAUCUUGGGUAUGCCCCAGUAUAUCGAGGACCUGCGGAGGAGCUGCACGAGGGUGAUGAGCCUCGUUGAGGAGGCCAGGGCGGAGAGGCUCUUCGGCCAGCCUUUUGGCGAGGUGCUGACAGACUCAAGAUUCCUCGACGUGUUUGACGGUCUCCAGCUUAACGAGCUGGUCGAUUACGGGUCGUUUGCCUCGUGGGAGGCCAGCACUUGCACGCCCAUGCAUAUACGAUUGCGCCUGGGACCUGGGCCCUCGAAUGAGAGGUCGCACUUGUCGCUUCUGUCUGAGGCAUUCCACGACGUACUGGAUCACAAACCCCCGACCGUGUACAAGGCGUCGGCGACAGCCACUGAAGCGGAUAACACCUUUGUUCUCGAGACAAUGGCGCAACUCGGUCACUCGAUGCCCAAGUUCCUCCGCGGUGCGGCCUCCAAAUCCACGGCUGCAGAGCUGCUGUACUUUGAGGCCGUCAGCCUUCUCUGCACGUUGAUCCCGCUUUGCACCAGCAUUGCUCGAACAAGCACUCCGCCCGAUGGGCUCAACCAACUGGCGGAAUCGGUGCUGGCAGCUUUGGAGACGUUCCGCGCAGCCGCUCCACAAAAGAAGCAGGACGGGGUGGACGACGCAAUGGCGGCAAUGAGCUCACUGCACAGCGUCGCGUUGCUGCGAGACACUGCAGUGGCAGUGAAGCUGACAACACAGUGGAUUCAGGCCUUCAACGAGCGGGAAAAGGAGCGCGACAGGUCUGGCAGCAGCAAUCUGCACAAGGAGGUGAUGGCGCUGGUCAAGACCCUGGAGUCGGCCGCGCAGGUCGCGCUCAAGGAGGGCAACGAGCUCGUCAAGAGCUGGAAGAGCGGAGUGGUGGAGAAGAUGGACUUUGUGUCCACACUCCGGCGAUGGGUUUUUGACGGUGACGAGACGGGUCUGGUCGGCCUGGUCGAGGAUGGAACGGUGCUGGAGCUUGCGAGGAGUUUGAGGAGCAACAUUGCAGGGUGGCAGCAGGUAAAAUGGGAAUAG